AUGCUGCACAAGAGCAGUGUAACGGCCGGACGACAGCUACGACGUAUCUCGUGGGCGAUUUUGAAGGCGCACCCGCGCAACACCGCCGGCACCGUGACCCUGAGCAGCGCCGACGCGCUCGACAUACCCGAGACCGUUUUCAAGUACUUCGACAGCGGCGCCGACGAGGGCCUGCAGGCCCUCUUCGAGGCCGUCGAGCUCGCCCGCGACGCUUACAACCGCCAGCUCGUGCCCACCGUCGAGAUGAAGCCAGGGGACGAGAGAUCUGCAUACUUCGUGUGA